AUGGGAAGAAGAAAAAUCGAGAUCCAACCUAUCAAUGAUGAAAGGAACCGCACGGUUACCUUUGUUAAGCGAAAAGCUGGCCUACUCAAAAAGGCACACGAAUUGUCGAUUCUUUGCAAAGUGGACGUCGCCGUCAUUAUUGUGGGAAACAACAGGAAGAUAUACCAAUACAGUUCCGAUGAUACAAAAAACAUAUUGGACAAGUACUAUCACGCUUCUACUAUUUACGAAUCCAAGUCUCCUUCUGACUAUGGUAACUACGACAGGAAGAGCCGUGUUGCAUCGGAGGCAGAUAUAAAUUUGAGAUCGAAUCACAGGAGGACAGCCAGUUCUAAGAUAAAUCCUCUUCACAAUGCUACUCAUCCACUGUCUAAGCCUCCCGCUGUUACUACUCCUUUUGCCAACCAUGGAUAUGCUCGUACCCGCAGUAGUAUGGUCGCUAAUUCCACCAUCACGUCGGCAAUGUCUCUGGAUGACAGGAGCUCUGACGGAGAUACAUCCAGUGUAAGAAAAAAGCGGAAACUUGAUACAUUGUCUCCUGCCUCCAACUCGGUUUAUCCACCCCAGAAUUCGUCCUCUCCGUCCUUCGCAUCGACAACGCCAUCUCCAUCUCAUUAUCAGUCAUCAAGAGUUGGACCCAUGCCCUCAUUUGGUAGGUCCAACUCCUCUUCAUCGCCUUCCUACAACAAUCAUAUCCCUUCGCAGUUGGUUAGAUCCAAACCACCCGCCAAUAGUAAGGUGUCCAAAAGACCCACACUUAGCUUGCAGAUACCCAAUUCUGAUCGACCUAUAGAAGUCACUGGAAACAUGGGCAGGCCUUCCAACGCAGAGCAGCUGGCAAACAUGACUGAUGCAAGCAACAUUGCUAAUGUUGGCGCAUCUAGGGGGGCUGGUAACAACUUUUUGUCCAACAUCGGGCUUACCGGAAACUCAGGAUUGGGUACUGCAACAUUUAGAAACCAGAGCUUCUCGCUGACACCACUGGGGUCAUCAACCCGAGAUCAUAAGUUUAAAUUCCCAGCAACUACUCCGAUAACGAACACAUUUUUGCCAGGAUUAGGUGUACCUCUUUCUGCGGGUGGCCAACAAGGACAACCUGGCCAGCCCCAUCCCAUUGAGUUGACAGCUUCAAAUCCUGGAAAUGCUGCUGAUCGAUCUAAUCUGUCGACACCAGUAUCUGCUACCAUGCCAAUGUUUAACUUCCCUCAGUUGUCCCCCACACAGCUACUUCCAACCCCUGUAUUUCCACAGCAACCACCCUUAGGGCAGCAGCAGUCUCAACCUCAAUCACAGCAACAACAGUCAUUAUCUCAAUUGCAAGAGCAGACAUCAUCCUCGACCUCAGCCAUGCGCAUAUCCCCUCAGCACACUCCUUCUCAGCAACAGCCUCUUUACCAGACGCUAAACUCUGCAUCUAGUCUUUAUUUUGCUGGAUUUGGAUCUAGAAUGGGUCAAAAAUCUGCUCAGGGAAACCCUAACGUGGUCAACCGUGGCAAUACCAAUGGACCCAAUGGACCCAACGGAUCCAACGGAUCCAACGUACCCAACGGACUCAGUGGACCCGGCGGACCCAGCGGACCUCUUGGACCGUCCGGAUCAACUAAGUCCAAAAAACAUAGCACCAAUAAUGGUGCAACUUCAACAUAUUCUCAGUAUGGGCAGUUUUCUCAACCAGGCGAUACUCCAAUUCUUCCUUCAGGCCUUCCCUCGAAGUACGUGGAUCUGUUUCCGUCGCCAAACGUUUAUUACAGCCAAGAAUGGUCUUUGCCCAUGGGAUCUGGUAAUACCCCAUUACCCACCACAGGCCCCCAUUUACUACCGCUGAUAGGAUCCCAAAAAAGCACAGGCAAUACCAAUAGCACAAACACCGCUGCCGCACAAAAUGCCAACGUGAUCGGCAAAGGCAGCAGCACCAAUACCCUAACUAAUAGUGCUGUUUCCGCUCAUACAUCGAAAAUUGGUAAAACCACUACAGAUAGUAGAAAGCCACGUAUGAAAGUGGAACCUGGAGACGGGAUGGUCUCUAAGCUUUCUAAGGCGGCUACGGAGAGUGGCAGUUAA